GUGUUGCAGCAGCAGAAUGGAAUGACAGGAGGUGGGGGCGGUGGAGGUGGGGGCAGUGGAGGCGGCUCGGCCCGUGAACGAGCGAUGCAGGCGGUGGAGUAUUACAACAGCAACGUGCUGCGGGCACGCAUGGGUGCCGGACUGCUCUCGUCCUGUCCGCCCCCGCACCCCGCCCACCAUGCUCACAACCACUCACAUCGCACUGCCUCCUCGGUCCAGGAAGCGUUGUACAGGAGCAACUCAAGCCUAGAACUGAUGCACGAUCACAGUCACUUGCACGGCUCGGAGGCGGGCGCCAGUCCGCUGCUGCGGCGCGAGUACGGCAGUCACGGGUCGAUCGACGUGAUCUCGUCGGACCGGCACGGAGGAGGCAUGACGACGGCCACGGGCACGGGAGAGAGCUUCUUCGCCAUGCUGCAGGACUACCGGCCGGCUGUGCUGGGUUUGGGCACUGAUCAACGCAGUCCCGGCCCGGCUGAGUACCUACGCGGGAAAGUGGAGACGCCGCCGGCGACUGAGAACGCGGCCAACGCUCUGGCUGAUGAGGCGUCCAUGGCUGAGCGGGUCACCUCCCCCAUAAGCACUAGUCCCAAACUCAGGCUGAAAUUCCACAAAUUCUGGGGCGGCAACAAUGUGAGCAAUGCACCGGGUGGGUCGGCCGUGAAGCCUGCCGCGUCGAAACCGCCGGCGGACGAUGGAGGCGGCAGCCUGGCCAACAGCUCCGCCUCCUCGGCGACCGCCAACAACCACAACAGCAGCUCACUGUCGACGGCGGCAGACAACAUGGACGACCGACAGCGGCGACGCGCGUUCGCGCACUACGACUGCCAGUCGCUGACUGCCAACCUGUGCUAUGCGGCCAAGCUGCGCGGCCUGCUGCUUUCCAGGCGACGCAACACGACGACGGGCGCCUCGGCUGCCUCCAUGCUCAGCUCGCGGUCGAUCACGCCCGAUGGAGGCGACAGUGGCGAUGAGGACGCCGGCGAUGGCCGCACUAAUGAUCUCAUUGAAAGCUGUCCGUUCUUCCGCAACGAGAUGGGAGGUGAGGUGGAGCGAGUGGUGAGUCUGACUCGGCUGAACCCGUCGGGGAGCAGAGGGGCGGGAGUGGGGGUGCACCGGCCCCUCAGCUGCGGUGUUGCCGUCCUGGAGUUUGGGCCCGGUGACACUCACUGGCAGCCAGGCAAGGCCACCUGUCCCUACCAGCGUGCACACAACCUCAUCGAGAGUGUCGACGACGGAGCACGCUACUACCGACACUACUUCUACAAUCAAGAACACCAAAACUGGUUCGGGAUGGAUGAGAAUCUUGGACCAGUAGCAAUUAGUUUAAGAAGAGAACGAUUGGAACGAAACGCCAGUGCCUCAGAAUCCAAUUCCAAUGCUAGCCCUACGCCUAUGUUCAGGUACAGGGUCCUCAUACGAACAAGUGAGCUUGUUACAUUGAGGGGAUCAGUAUUGGAGGAUGCCAUCCCUAACCUGAAGCCUUCAUCUAGCAGUAAGACAAUCAACACCAAAGAAGUAUUAGAAUACGUUUCUCCAGAAAUUCAGCUUUCAUGUUUGAAGCUGGGAGCGGCCGGGCCGCAAACGGAGGAGACCCUGCUGAAGCUGGACGAGCAAUGCCUGAGCUCCAACUAUAAGGUGGGAGUGAUGUACUGCCGCGCCGGCCAGAGCACCGAAGAGCAAAUGUACAACAACCAGGACGCCGGCCCUGCCUUCACUGAAUUCCUACAGCUCAUUGGCCAGAAGGUACGACUGAAGGGCUUCGACAAGUACAAAGCAGGCCUGGACAACAAGACCGACUCGACAGGACUGUUCUCAGUCUACUCACAGUACCAGGACUGCGAGAUCAUGUUCCACGUGUCGACCUACCUGCCGUUCUCACCCAGCAACCGACAGCAGUUGCUCAGGAAGCGACACAUCGGCAACGACAUCGUCACAAUUGUCUUCCAAGAGCCCGGUUCACAACCGUUCACGCCAAAGAACAUCCGGUCACAGUUUCAGCAUGUGUUCAUAGUGGUUAGGGUGAUUAAUCCGUGUUCGGACGAUACAAGGUACAGUGUGGCGGUGACUAGAUCGAAGGAGGUGCCAAUGUUUGGGCCGGCGAUACCUGAGGGAGCAACGUUUCCGAAAUCGAAAGCGUUUGCCGAGUUUUUGCUGGCGAAAGUGAUCAACGCCGAAAACGCCGCUCACCGCUCGGAGAAAUUCGCAACAAUGGCUACCCGCACUCGCCAAGAGUACCUCAAGGACCUUGUCACCAACUACUCGACGAGCACUGUAGUGGAGACUGGACAAAAGUUCUCGAUGUUGUCGUUCAGUAGCAAGAAGAAGGAACGGUGGAGACCGCGGUUUCUGCCCGACGCGACGCAACGAGGAGCGAUUUGUUGGCAAGUGUCGCUCGACGACUCGUCGCGUGCAGCACUGGUCGAUUGUUUCCUCGCGAUUUCUGCUGACUCAUUGGUUUUGGUGGAAGAGGCGACGCGUGAGAUUGCUUUCGUCACGCCCUGUAAAGCGAUAUUGGGGUGGUCGACGCAGGGGAAUAGUCUGCGCAUCUACUACCACGAGGGCGAGUGCGUGACGGUGCAGAUGCGGUGUGACGUGACGGGAGGGGUGGGUGGUGCGGGGGGCGACCGUGACGAGUUGAUGGAGUGCGUGGUGCGCAUGCGUGCUGUGACGAGUGGCUCGGUAGCGCAGGAGUUGACUCUGAAACGCAACCCGCUCGGUCAGCUCGGCUUCCACGUGCAACCCGAUGGACUAGUCACACAGGUCGAGGCUAUGGGGCUUGCCUGGCAGGCUGGCUUACGGCAGGGGGCCCGGCUUGUCGAGAUUUGCAAAGUGGCAGUAUCCACCCUGACUCACGACUCAAUGGUAGAUCUGCUGAAGACGUCUCUUCUUGUCACAGUCACUGUCAUACCACCAUUACCUGACGGAUCUCCGAGAAGGGGAUGUACAUUGCAGAAUUGUAAAUACACAGCUCCUGCUUAUGAAGGAGACUACGAGAAUCUAUCAAGCCCAGAUGAGGGCAAGAAUAACUGGAAAAGUGGAGCUCUACAGAAGGCGGUUCCUGGGAAUCAUCGCAGGAGGUAUGAGAGAAGUUGUUCACCUCCAAGAUCAAGCAAUAGCUCUGGCUAUGGAACAGGAAGCAGUAGUAAAUCAUUUUCUACUGAUUCAAGAUUUCCUUGUAAUGCUGAGAGUGUGGGGCUUUCAUGCUUUAACAGUGAUCUCAGUUCACCGCAACACGAAUUCAAGGUCGGCGAAAAAGUGACGACUUGCCUCCUGAAGGCAUCUGAGCGCAGUCAUGAGCUUCGGCGCCAACUGGAACGCUCUCAUGACUACCAUCUUGUUACACGCAUGCCAAAGGUUGAAUAUAAUGGCAUCGGUCAUCACUACCAUUCGCAAACAAUUGUUGGAGAUAAGACGAGCAGCCUCCCGGCUGAAUGCACAACUGCCUCCGUUCGAAACCUCACUCUGAGUGACGGCCACUCGACCGACACCAGCUCGACCAGUGAUCGCUUGUUUGCAACUGCAAGCGAAGAUGAGCUGUCAGCUAGCAGCUCACCAGGAAUGCGGCGGUCGGCGAAGGCGGCAGGCAGCAGCGGCACUCAGACACCAUCGAGCGUCGGAGGCGGUGGCGGAGGCGGCAGUGCCAGUCCCAGGCUGCGGCCCCCGGACACUGGCGAGGCGAGGCUCCGGCCCGGGGUCACCGCUCGGUCGUCCUCGGCCGGCAACCGCAACUCGGCCAACCUCGCUUCGAGCACUCUGCAGGAGGACCUCAUGAAGCUCAUCAACCCCGACUAUAUGUCUGAUGACAACAUUCCUACUAAGGAGAAUGGAGUGAAUGGCAAGUGCACGACUCCCACGUCGGUGGGCCGAACUCGGUCGAGGGAGAGCCUGAACGGCCUGUCAUCGGACAAGUCGCCCGGUCACGAGGUCAUACUGACCAUGGCGCGGCCCGCCACUGUCAUAUCCAAUGCAUCCACUGCGUCCAGUCCAGCUCCCAACGACAGCAAGCUUACCAAACAAGAAAGGUUAUCACCACGAGUGACCAAGUCGUCGUCGUCGUCGUCACCAGGGAAGGGUGGGGGGGAUUCGCUGCCUCUGCCGGGUGACAUGGACUGGUCGAGUCUUGUGGACACGGCAACUCGAGCUAUGCUGCAUGUGGGUGAUGAUCCACCCAACGAGGCCUUUGGACAGUGGGUCAACGGCGUCGCCGAGAGUCUCGGCUUGGAUUCCAGCUCACAAUUGACGGGCCGCAGAAUGGUUGAACUGCAGAAGCAUCUGUCGCAGCUGGAGUCGCGACUGUCGCGCGAGACACGGAGGAGGCUGACACUCGAGGACGAGGUUCGUGGUCUGAGGGAGGAGAACCGGAGGCUGCAAGAGGAGUCACAGAAUGCCGCUCAACAGUUGCGCAGGUUCACUGAAUGGUUCUUCCAGACUAUUGAUAAACAGUGAAUAGGCCUAUAUUAUAUCCUGUGAACUUAUUGCCGACGCUCUUAUAAGUAUUGUUAUUUCAGACUAUUUACAAACAGUGAUUCCUAAGCGAAUAUAUUACAUUCUGUGAACUUAUUGUCGACGCUCUUACUAUUAUUGUUAUUUCAGACUAUUUACAAACAUUGAUUUUUAUUCGAAAAUGAUAUUCUGUGAACCAUUUGCGGAGGUUCAUAGAAUGGUUCCUAAAGGCAGUGAUUUCAAAACAGUAUAAUAUUAUAUUCUGUGAACCAAAUGAAUGUUUGUAUGUUUCUCUCAAACUAUUGACAAGUAGCGAUUUCUAGAACAUUCAAAAAAAUGUUUAAUCUCAUUCCAACGUGCAUUUAUAUCCUCCAGUGCUAUUAUCAAAGAAACCUAGUUGGUUCUAUUUUUUCUCAAUCAAUUUAUUGUGAAAUGUGAUUUUUGUGAAGUAGUGCUUGAAAUUAUCAUUGCUCUUAUCUAUCAAACUAAGAAAAUUUCACUACAUAUUAAAUGGCUGAAGACCUCUGGCGAGCUAGUAAUUACCAUUAUCUGCUAUUGUAAUUAACAAAUGGCAAGAAAAUAUUUUCAUAUAUCAACACAUACAGUAAAAAACCAGGGACAGAUGAAGUGAAAUAUUGUCUCUCCAAUAUAGCCUAUUUUCCGUUGAAUUAAACCACAUUCCGCUGUUCAUUUCAAAGUUAACUAGAGAUUGUAACUAGUUUCUUGUUAUUUUAGUAAAUACGACGUGGUUGUGAUAGUUCUGAGUCACUUCGUUAGCAAUAUAUUCUUGUUGAAGUUGGAUAUUUGAAAAUAUAUUUCCACAAAUUGAAGCUCUGAUUCAAUUAUCUUUAUAAAUAGAUAGAGCCUAUAAUAAAUAUAGCCUACUGUACUUGUAAAUAAAAAAUGUCCUGGCCUGCUUUUACAAGCAAUGAUUUUGAUAAUAUUUUGUCUUUGGAUCACCUGUUAGAACAAUAUUCUAUCUCUUUGUAAUGAUUUGAACAAAUUAUUGUUAUGAAGGUAUGUUCUUGUUACUUUUACUCGGAACUGCUAUAGUUUAGGUUUCUGAAAAAUCAUUGAACAGCUAUUCUUGUUGUAGUUGAGAAAAAAAUUUGACUCGGUUCUUUGUCACUGUCAAUUACAAUAUUGUCUCACAAAUGUUACUUGUUGACAAAAGACUAUUAUCCUCUUUAUUCAUGGAUAUAAAUGUCUAAAAUUUAAAAAUGUAUCAAAUUAGAAUUUUUUAAUGUAAUGAAAUGAUUUGUAUUGGAAUACACAAAUAUUAUAAUACACGAUUAAUUAUUAUGCUUAAUUUGUAAAUUCAGUUUUGUAAAGCUUAAAUUAAUCUAUAUAUAUUGUGCCAAAACAACUAGAUUUAAUCAUUGUGUGCGUCUAGUUAUCUUUAUAUUGAAUACGGUAAUUCAUUAUCUCAUCUUAUAGGUUGACCUCAGUUUGUAUGAAGUGCACCAAUAAGGCAUUCAAGGUUACAAAAGUUCAGUAUAAAAAGUUACUCUACUAGCAAGAAUGAUUCAUUAGCGUUAGAACAUUUUAAACUGUUCAAUUAGUAAUUCGCAAUUCACUGAAUAUCCUGAAUACCUCCUUGUGGCUUUCUAUAAUCGUUCAAAAUUCAUAUUAGGCUUACAGUUAAUCAUGAAGCAUGCUUCAUGGGGGGAAAAAUCGAUAAUCUAAUAUACAGUACUACCAUAUUUUGUUUCCCAAUCCUGUCUUGUAGUUACCCGUAUUUGUCUGUAAAUAUGUUAUCCAUGAAAUUCUCGUUAAACAAUACAAUUGUAAUUGUAAAACAAUUAAUAGAAUUCUCAAUGUAAAUAUUUCGAUAACGAUAAAAAUGUUUCAUUUUGGUUUCUAAAUGCCAAAACGAAUAUACUGUUUAAAUAAUUAUUUAUUGACAUAAAAUGUCAUUUCUUGGCAUGUAGCUUGCAAGGAGUCAUAAGAUAUAAUUAUUCCUUAAUUGUGAAUACCAGAAUAUUGUACAAAAGAUCAGUUCCAAUAUGUUCGUUGGAAAAUUUUCAAAUCCUGGUUCUCUUUUGAGAACAUUACAAGUGUACAUACUGUAAUCAAAUGUUAAACACAUUCUUGGUUACAUAUCAAUAAUAUACAGCUUCUUGAUUCCAAUCCCAAUAACAAAACCAUGGUAAAAAGACUGAUAGAAAAUGGCUUAAUUAAUCAUUUUGGUGUUAAUUAUAUUUAACUUGUAAUAUUAUGGAAUAAUUUUUCUAUUGGAUGCACUUAGAAGAUAAUAUAAACCAUAAUGGCUCAGGAUAAUUUAUAUAUUAUACUUAUUGCAUUCAUUCAUAUUAUGGAGCUUUAUUGUAAAAUAGGAUAAACUAUUAUUAAAGUAGGCAUCUCAAGGCAUUUGAAGCUAAAAAUGGCUCCAAUUAUUCAUUUUUGGGUAAAUUAGUAUGUACAUUUUCCGUUUAUACUUGUAUAUACAUGAUGUUUGAUGUUCCAUCCUUUAUGAAAAUAAUUAUUGUCUUCGAUACUCAUUUACGCAUUAUUCAUUGCUUUAAUCUAUUCUACUAUUGAAUCUGAAACUAUAUUUGUUACUAGAUAAUAUUGUAAAACUUUUGAUUGGAUACCAUUAUUAUUUUAUAAAUACUCGAUAAAAAUAAUGCUUUGAAUUUUAUAACCAAAUAUUAGCCUUCAUAAUAGCAGUUUCUAUUUUUCUAGAUAAUCGUAAUUGUGUACAUUAUAGGUAUUCACGAUCUUAUGUUAACCAGCUUAACUGUUAUUUACUAAGUCAUAGCAAAUAUAUUGUGUCAAACAAAGAGAACUAAAGAUUUGCCAUGGCCAAGUCAAUGCUAUAGUAGUACAUUGCAAAAAUGUAGCAGGUGAUUCAAAUAGCAAAUAACACAACAAAUUAUCUGGCUGGCUAUCUCAAAGAUCGUGAAUAUCCCUUUAGUUAUGUUUCUAUAGCCUAUAUACUAUUAUUGCUUAUUUCAUGAACUUUGUUACUUCGUAUUGUAAAUUUCUGUGCUGUUUUUUAUGACAUCAAAGUUUCUUCACAAAUUAUUCGUGAUGUUCUCUGGUUGAAAAUACUGAAGCCAGGUCAAAUGCUUCUAAAAUCAGCCACUAUUGAGCCAUAAGACCCAAAAUACAUCUGUAUGAUAAUAAGCUCCAAAGUCUACAACUUCGUUUGUCCAAAAUAAUUUUAAAUCAUUGAUCAAAAUUUCAACCUACAUCAAUCAAUUCUUCAUUAAUAAUCUAUAGUUAAUAUUAACUAGCCAAGUGUAAUUGACACACGGAAUUUCUCUCAUGACACCAAUUAGGAAUAAUAAAUAUCGUAAUACAAGAAAAAUGUGUCCACACACUAGACAGAACAACAAAGACGUGCUUUAUAAGUUGAAUUGUAUACAUAAUUUAAAUUGUAUAGUGUGUUAGUAUUUCCCUGUAGUACAGGACCUUAAAGUUCAAUUGAGCAAUUAUGUAAUUUACUAAACCAGUUCCUGACUGCAGCUAGUACAAUGUUUGCUAUACAGUACGGUACAGUUUCAGUUUUGAGACUAACCUAUGUUACUUCAUUAUCUUUGGUCAAUAUUCUCCUUAUCUUAGCAGCUCAUAUAAGAUAUUGUUAUGUACUAAAUUAGAAUUUAUUGAACUUAGGUCAGUAGCUCAAUGAAGCAAGAACUUCAUCAAUGAAAACUACACACCAAUUGAAACACCAAUAGGAUAACUUAAAAUAAUUAGACUAGACACUGUUAAGCAAUUAAUACUGUUAUAAUUGUCUUUUUUAAAGAUUUUAUAUCAUACAUUCUAUCUAUCUGGGUGUUAAGGUAGGGUAUAUUAAAAUGUUGAAAUUUGUAAUUGGGCUGAUUUGUUGCUGUUAUUGUAAUUGUUAGCUAUUUUGUAGACUCAAGUUCGAUUCUCUGGCCUUAACAUUUUAUCAGGUACUGUAACUUACAGGAAUUAUAAAUAAUUGGAUUGAAUUUGUAUAAUUUAUCACGCUCUAGGUGAAAAAUGGAAUUUAAUGUAAUACACGUUAACCAAGAAUAUUGAUUUUAUGUUUCUUAUUAAAAUUCGUUUUUAGUGAUUGCUUGAUUUAUUCAAUAAUUUAUUGUGGUGUUGUAUUACUUGUGCAUUUAAUAUGAGUUGUCCAACACGACAUGACAGAUUAUUGUGUAGAACUGUUACAUGUGCUCUUUUGUAAUAUCAGGAUAAAUCAUUGAUCUUUUUUGUAAUUUUUUACUUUGAUAUUAAAUAACAGUCAUUCUGAAAUAAAUAUAUUUUAAUGUGUAUUGUUAAAAACUAAUUUUAUUUCUUGAUCAUACAUGUAUUGAGAGCAAGUUUAAUAAUAAAUUGAAACUGAUGAACAGCAUAUUCGUAAACAUGUUAUGUACUUCCUAAGUGCCUCAAGCUUCUCUUUUGAUGCUGUCAUUUUCUGAGUUAAAAAUUAUUUUAUUGUAGUUUUGCUGUUGUGGAUAUUUUACUCUUUGAGAAACCGUAAUGACUAUUGUUUGAAAUUAAAAUUAGAUUUGUUAAUAAUUGUUAACGUUCAAUUUUUUUUAAUGAAUAGGUUAAGCAUUGUGAAUAUUGAGUUUAAAAUGUAUUCUGAUCAUACACCAAACAGCAGCUUCGUCAUCAUCAUCAUCAUCUUCUUUACCACCAAAUCUCUAUCAUUGACUUAAUAAUUUAUGUAAACUACUUGGUAAUUUUUGAUAGAAAUUUCUAUAAUAAAUUAUUGUACAUCCAGUUUCUUCUUUUUAGUAUAAUAUGUAUAAGAUAUAAUUAUUAUAUCAGUCAAAAUAAAACUACACAAGUGUU